AUGGAGAAUAGAGCAUUAUUGGAGGAAAUCAAUAUUGGACAGGCAUUCAGUAUUGGACAGGUAAUUCGGAUACACACCUACUCCACCCAGAAGCGAGUGGUGGCUAAGGUAGAGAGGGGGUUGUCCGUGCUGGAGGGGCGGGAAAUCAGUAUCCCUGUGGACUAUGGCAUGAAGUUCUGUUCCCUGAAAGGCGGCAAGAAAAGUGGCAGAGAACAAACUCUGAAUGAAAUUCUUGAGAAGCAUUUACUUCCGGUGGAAGUGACGCCAUCAGACUCGCACCAACUCAUGAAUAUUCAAGGCCAGGAGAGAGAGACCGGAAAGAGUUGUCAGCUGAACCUGAUCAGCACGUACGAGGACCGGUAUCUCCUAGGCAACGCCGUGUCAGACGGUAUGUUAUACGCUCAGCAGACCGCGGUACCCGUGUACCUGCCUGACCUGAGACUGUCUAUAGCGGUGGGAAUAGAGGGCUUCUCCGACGACCAUUGGGUGGCCAGUCUCCAAAACAUGGAACAGAAAGUCAUACAAAACGUCAAAUUCAACACAAACUUUGGAAACCCCAAUGUGGCUGUGUAUUCACAAGAGUCGGCUACACAUAACGACUACUCCGAUUUUACUUACCGAACUCCUGCUGAAUAUUAUAACAUGGACGAUAUCCUACGACAAAAACUUUCCCAUCGCCCUUCUAGGCUUCUGAACUACAUAGAACAAGUGCCCGACACGUACGAUUUCAUCCCGGCUGACGUUGUGAGCAGAGUGCCUCCGCCGAAAGCGCCAAAGCCGGUAACAGACAAGAAAGCCCAGCCUGUGAAACCUUUGACCCCGCCCCCGGCUUCACUUCCGGCCCCGGCAGUGCCACAGAGGCCCACAGUUUUUCAAAGGCCAGAAAAAAGUAAAACUGUUAAUGAAGUUCCACCCAGUCCGAGUAGAGUAUCACGCGCGCCUAAUGUAGAGGAACUGAAGAUUGCCGAUUUAGGAGCGUGGAUGAAGGAACUAAAACUGGAUAAAUAUGUUGAUACGUUUGCCGAGCAAGGAAUCGACGGUGUUCUGCUGAAGGAAAUGACAAGGGAAGAUUUACGGAACGAUUUCGGGAUGUCAACCAUUGAGGCCAUUAAGUUAUCUAAAUUCGCUCAGACAGGGCAUGUCCCGAGCUAGUGUCCUCUGUAUCUAAACGUGUCUCGUCCAUUAACGAAGUAUUGAAGUGGUCGAAGGUUGUGUUUUUGCGAUAAGUUUAAUGAAGUUAUUCAUAUAUGAAAAAUGAAACCAAUAUGAAUUGAUUCAUUGAUAUAUAUACAUUUUUUUUUCGAUUUAUCUAGCAAUGUUAAACAAAGCGUAAAAAA